AUGUCGAUUUUAUCCACCCUGCGUCAAUCACUGACAUUAUUUUGCUUCUCAUCGAAGUGUGACGAGGAAAAGCCCCGCUGCCAGAGAUGUGUCUCACGUGAGAUCACAUGUACUUACCCACGAUUACAAUCUCUAAUCUGGGUUGAUGGCCCAUCUACGCCAGAAACAAACAGUAAAACAUCAAAAGACAGUGGCCCAUCACCUCCAGCUUACAGUUCGACCCCUCAAAAUGAAGAAGCUUCAACUUCGGACACGAAAACUCCGUCCCUCAAUCUUGAAAACUUAGAUCUGAUAAUCCACUGGUUCACGAAAACUGUGUACACAGUAAAUCCACCCAAUAAUGUCGAUGCCAUUCAAAAAUCACAAACUUUCAUCUUGCGUGAAGCAGUGGAACAUCAUUUCCUUCUCCACGGGCUCCUUGCGUUAUCAGCACUUCAUUACGCAGAAUCCCAUCCAAACCCUCAGAAAUAUAUCGAGAUCGCCACGGCACAUCACACCCGAGGGCUUACUCUUUACCACUCCAUCCUUUCAAAUAUGAACAAUGGAAAUGAUGUUGCCAGUAUUGCUUUCUCGAGUAUUACUGCUAUAUUUGCUUUUGGUCUCGCGAGGCCCGACGCAAAGAAAGAGGCUUCAGUGGGAUUGAUUGACGACAUGGUUCAAGCUAUUUCCCUAUCUAAAGGUUGGCAAACCAUUAUGCAUGUGACACGGGGACUAGAGCCCCCUUCCCCUCAAAAAUAUCAGAUCACUUUGUCACCGGAUGCAGAAGCUGCUUUUGAUCGACUAUAUGCUUUGAGCCAAGGCCAAAAUGCAACACUCUAUACAACAGCAAUCACUUCUCUAAAAUUCAUUUUCAAGAAGACAGAAGAUGGACAAAAUGAUAACCCGCAUCUAUCCUGUGAAUGGGGAGGCUCAUUACAAGAAGAAUUCUUGAAGUUGCUCAGGGCUAAAGAUACUGUUGCUCUAGUGAUUGUGGCAUUUUCUUGUGUGAUGUUCGAAAAGGUUCCGCAAGUAUGGUGGUUUCAGGGUUGGAGUAAGGGGCUUUUUGGGGUCGUUUGGAGGGAAGUUGGACACAAUUAUCACGAGGUUUUGGAAUGGCCGAGGAGGAUUGUUGGGUUUGAAAUAUAG